UUGACUUGUUAGUUGAAAAUUAAUUGUCCCCAAUGAAUGUUGUCAGUUUUUGUCUUUGUGAAUUGAUAAAAAAAAACUAUUCCGAAUCUAACACUUCACGACGGAAAAAAAGACUAUUGAUGACACCUGUCGAAUGUAAAUAGCUGUGAUAUUCACUAUCUUCCGAUACACCUUCAGACACUGACUUAUCCUGUUCAUGUUUUUCAGAAAGACAACAGCAAACGACACCUAGGAUCUAUACUACUUAGCCUCAAUCAAUGUUCCGAAAUUGAUAGCGGCUUCACUAGACCCAAAGACAAUCUCUACCAUCUAGCUUCAUACAGCCGUUGACUGCGAUGUCACUUGUUGGUUGCACUGAGCAGCUCUUCGAGGUACCCUGUAAGCAGACAGAUCCGCAACCGGAUUCUGAUUCCGGCUACCCAUCGCCCGAAACCUGCCAGGAGGGACGAUUUACCUCGCCAUCCCAACAUAUAGAGGAAAACCCAACUUAUUUGGAAGCAGAUUUUGCUAACACUCUUACCCAGCAGCAUGAAUACGAUAUUAAUGGAGAUGUCGUAGGUACCGUGUCCGUGUAUCCUGGAUCUAUACCGACAACGCUGUUACAACAAAACUAUCAUACACAAGAAGAACAAUACACGAUGCAGCUUAAUCUGGAAUCGAACCAACUAACCAAUCAACAGAACUCAGAGCUCACGCAACCUUGCGAACAAUUCUCAUUCGAAAAACAGCCACCAACAAUUUCAGUUGCACCGUCGACAAUCAGUCCUACCAUUCAGUACGAUUCCCAACAACAAUGGUGUUCAACAGAGCUUUUACAACAGAAUCAUCAACCGCAAUCACAUCACUAUACGCAUUGGCACACGCCAGAGUCACAAGCUUCGGCACAACAAAUUGAUACACCGGAGAGGAAGACAAUCCAGCAAUCACCUUCAGAUACUGACACUCAGGUUUAUCACCAAGUUUGGACCACAACAACGCCGAUUCAAAAGAUAAAACAGAAUGAAGCUCAAAUUCAGAUCAUACAUCCAGAUGCAGUAGAAUCUUCUUCGUCGACAACGGUCUUAAUGGUCUCAUUGUCGUCACUAUCGCCUUCUCCAAGUUUAUCUUCGAACAGUAGUGUAACAUCCGGUACGGUUUCGGCAGAACCGACUGUAGUUGCCAGCGAUUUAAGAUGUCACCUAUGCCAAAAGACCUUCGAUCGACAGGCCAGCCGUACGCAACACAUCAAUACGGUUCAUUCAGAUAGCGAAAAUUUAUGCUUGAAAUGUGGAAAGAGAUUCAAAACGGUUGAAAGACUUGACUACCACAUUGCGAGUCACAGCCGCAAAAACAAACCUUACCCAUGCGAUAUCUGUGAAAAGGAGUACAUUCAUAAAACUGAUCUCCUCCGCCACCAGGACGGUCAUAAUUCAAACGGCAAACGAUUCAAAUGUAACCCAUGUGGCGUAGGGUUCAGCCGUUUUGACCAAUUCAAAAAACACAAGACAACCAGGAAGCAUCAGAAAAUCGUCGCCAAACAAGGUAAAGUGUGUGAUCAGUGAAAUGUUCUUUGAACAUCUCAACAAUUUUUGUAUCACCAACAACCCGACGUUAAACAAUCACCAAAAUAACUAUUUCGUAAUGGAUAGCCAACUGUAAGCCAACUAUAAACCUAACCCACAUGUAGUAAAGUCAACAUUGUUAAAUCAAAUCUUUGUGGUGAACAAAACAACAGAAACAGAAAAAAUCGAAUGAAUAUUUUAGCAUUUAACAUAAUAAUUUUAACAUAAGAACCCAUUAGCAAAAAUUGGACAACAUCAGUAUGAACCGAAACUGAGAUGA